UCGAAUGGCGUUUUGGCGUGUUUUGUGAUCGUCUGUCGUCUCAUCUCCGUUUAAAAAGUGAAAUAUGCCGCGAUCUAAAAAAGUUGUAAGUUAAUUUAGGUAGUGAAAGUGAAGUAGAACACUUAGUUGUUGCAAAUCUUUGAAAAACACGCUACUUUAUUGAUGGCUUGCAUGAAUAAGUGCUGAAUUAAAAAAAUGAAUCUUUAAAUCUUACUCAAAUUGUUUAUAAUAUUGUUAACUAGUCCAAGAAAGUCAUGGAUGAUGAGGAAUUGUCUGGUAGUGACUUUGAUGAUGAUGAGGAUCCUGAUAAGAUCGAGGUACCGGGUGGAGGCAAAGAUUUGGCUUCUGCUGCCUCAAUUAUGGAAAAUAGGGACAUCAAAUUUAAACAGGAAAUGAAGCAAGAGAAUGACAUCAAGCCCGACCUGAAAAUGGGCCCCAUGAGUAUGGGCUAUAACCCAAAAUUAGGACUCAACAUGCAUCCGAGCCCAUACGACAUGAUGCGAGCCCCACCAAUGGGCGGGCCUCAGUACCCCGGCAUGGGCAACCUGGCCGCCAUGGCGAGUAUGUUAAGCAGUUUGGGAGCCGCGUCGGGCCCGAUGGGCCAAAUGUUUGCCCCACCGCCCCCAGGUCCCGGGGGCGGCGGUUCUAGCGGGGUACCCGGCGGCUCGGCCGCCUCCGCCGCCGCCGCCUUUAACGCUGCGCAAUUCUUGCAGCAGAUGGAAAUGGCCGCUUUCGGAAUGAACAGUCCGUACGGAAACCCAUUUUUGCAAAAUCUAUCCGCCAUGUUGUACAAUUCGGGGCCCAUUCCGCCGUGGGGAGGUCAUCUCAGUAACAAGGCCGUUCAGCAAAUGUGGAUGAACCAAAUGGACAACAAACCGAUGCACCACCACCAAGAAGAAGAAGAGGUGGACGACGAAGAACUAGGGGUAGCGGAAACUUACGCCGAUUACAUGCCGUCAAAACUCAAAUUAGGGAAGAAACAUCCGGAUCCGGUCGUGGAAACCGCGUCACUUUCCUCCGUGGCUCCGGUGGAUGUCUGGUACAAGUUGUCAGUGCCUGAGGAAACCAUCAAGACCGGAGCGUUGUCCGCCUUGCAACUGGAAAGUAUAACGUACGCCUCGCAAGCUCACGAGCAUAUCCUUCCCGAUGGAAGCAGAGCAGGAUUUCUCAUAGGCGACGGUGCAGGAGUCGGCAAGGGACGUACCAUAGCCGGCAUCAUAUACGAGAAUUAUCUGAAGGGCCGCAAGAGGGCGAUAUGGGUGUCGGUGUCGAAUGAUUUGAAGUACGACGCCGAAAGGGACCUCAAAGAUAUCGGCGCGUCGAAAAUCGACGUGCAUCCGCUGAAUAAGUUAAAGUACGCGAAAAUCUCGUCGGCGGUGAACAAUAACGUGAAAAAAGGCGUGAUAUUCAGCACGUAUUCGGCACUGAUCGGCGAAAGCAAUUCGGCGGGCGGCAAAUACAAGUCUCGCCUGAAGCAGUUGCUCCAAUGGUGCGGACCCGAUUUCGACGGCCUGAUCGUUUUCGACGAGUGUCACCGCGCCAAAAAUUUGUGCCCCGUCGGAUCGUCCAAACCCACGAAGACAGGUCUUACCGUGCUCGAAUUGCAAAACAAGCUUCCCAAAGCGAGAGUGGUGUACGCGUCAGCUACCGGCGCCUCCGAGCCCAGGAACAUGGCGUACAUGGUACGGUUGGGGCUUUGGGGCGAGGGAACGCCCUUCGGCGAGUUCGCCGAUUUCAUUUCCGCGGUAGAGAAGAGGGGCGUGGGCGCUAUGGAGAUUGUCGCGAUGGAUAUGAAGUUAAGGGGUAUGUACAUAGCGAGACAGUUAAGUUUCCACGGAGUUGCGUUUAAAAUCGAAGAGGUCCCGCUUUCGAAAGACUUCGAAAAAGUAUACGACGCGAGCGUCAAAUUGUGGGUGCAAGCGAUGCAGAAGUUCCACGAGGCGGCCGAAUUGGUCGACGCGGAGAAUCGCAUGAGAAAAACGAUGUGGGGUCAGUUUUGGUCCGCCCACCAAAGGUUUUUCAAGUACCUAUGUAUUGCGGCCAAAGUACCUCACGCGGUCGCAGUGGCGCACGAGGCGAUUAAAAUGGGCAAGUGUGUGGUGAUCGGUUUACAGAGUACCGGCGAGGCUAGGACCUUGGAACAACUCGAGAGGGAUGAGGGCGAGCUGACCGAUUUCGUCUCUACCGCCAAAGGUGUCUUUCAGACGUUGGUCGAGAAGCAUUUUCCAGCGCCCGACCGAAACCGGAUACACAAGAUAUUAGGCCUCGAAAACCCAUCAAAGAAAGCGAUGAACGGCAACAACGACGAGGGCAAUUCGUCUACCGCGACGAAAAGGAAGCCCAUGCGUCAGGCGGCGGCACGAGCGGUGAAACGCAACAAGUGGUCGACGUCGGACAGCGAGAACGAAUCGAUAAAAAGCGACUCGGACUUUCAAAUGUCGGACAACGAGAGCGAGAUAUCCGAGGAGCAUUCCGACUCGAAUCAGUCUAGCGAUUUUAAUCCGUUCAAUUCGGACAGUGAUUCGGACAACGACCCGUGGAGCAGGAACAAGAAGAAGGGGAAGAAGCAGAAAAAGUCGCCCAAGAAGAGGCUGUCGACGCAGGACAAGUUGUCGAUGCUGCUCACGCAGAAGACCAGCAAAUCAGCGAAAACCAACGGCGGUCCGGCCAACUUCAAGGUGUCCGCCCCGCCGGUAGACGCCAUUGAGCGCGCGUGCACGAUGAAGGAGGAGUUACUGCAGGCUAUCGAGCGAUUAGGCGAGAAGUUGCCGCCCAACACCCUCGAUCAGCUCAUCGACGAGCUGGGCGGGCCGGAGAACGUCGCCGAAAUGACAGGUCGCAAGGGUAGGGUGGUCCAGACGGAAGACGGCGGAAUUCAGUACGAAAGCCGUUCGGAGAUCGACGUGCCUCUCGAAACGUUAAACCUGACAGAAAAGCAAAGGUUCAUGGACGGCGAGAAAGACGUCGCGAUCAUAUCCGAGGCGGCAUCUUCGGGCAUUUCGUUACAGAGCGACCGGCGAGCUAAAAAUCAAAGGCGGCGCGUGCAUAUCACGCUAGAAUUGCCGUGGUCGGCGGACAGGGCGAUCCAGCAAUUCGGUCGGACCCACAGAAGUAACCAGGUGAACGCGCCCGAGUAUAUAUUUUUGAUUUCGGAUUUGGCCGGCGAAAGAAGGUUCGCUUCGAUCGUUGCGAAAAGGUUAGAAAGUUUGGGGGCGUUGACGCACGGCGACAGAAGGGCCACCGAAACCCGAGACCUGAGCCAGUUCAAUAUCGACAACAAGUACGGCAGAACGGCGCUCGAGGCUACCAUGAAAGCGAUCAUGGGUUACGACCAGCCGAUCGUGCCGCCGCCGCGAGACUACAAGGGCGACUUCUUCAAGGACGUCGCCGGCGCCCUGGUCGGCGUCGGGCUCAUUGUAAAUAGCGAGAGCAUGCCCGGCGUUUUGUCCCUCGACAAAGACUACAACAAUAUGUCAAAGUUCCUUAACCGUAUCCUAGGCAUGCCCGUCGAACUCCAAAAUAGGCUAUUUAAGUAUUUCACCGAUACAUUGGCGGCGAUCAUCACCCAGGCGAAGAGAACCGGCAGAUUCGAUCUGGGUAUUUUGGAUUUGGGGGCGGGCGGCGAGGUCGUCAAGCGAGUACGGUGCGUCACGUUCGUCCGGAAACAUGCGACCGGUACCGCCCCCACGGAGCUCCACAUGGUUCACGUGGAGCGCGGCAUGUCGUGGCCGGAGGCGCUCGACAAAUUUUCCGAAUUGGCCGGCGAGAACGAAGGCUUCUGGUUGUCGCAUCAGGUGCGAAACGGGAAACACACGGCCAUCUUGGCGGUGGCGGUGGACGCGGGCGGGACGGCCACCAACAAGAAAAAACCGGAGAGCAAGAAAGAGCAGAUGUUUUCGGUGUACAGACCGAACACCGGCUUGCAGUUUCGGCAGGAAAGCUUAGCCGAACUCGAGAAGAAAUAUAAGAAGGUCGACUCGACGGACGCGGAAAAAGCGUGGACGGAACAGUACGACUCGUCGGUGAAUACGUGCUCGCACGCUUAUUGGCGGGGCAACUGUCGCAACGUCACGGCCGGUCACGACUGCGAGGUGGGACUGCGCAGGCGGGCUUACAACGUCAUGAGCGGGAGCGUUCUGUCGGUGUGGAGCAGGGUAGAGGGCGUGCUCGCAAGUCGGAACGGGGCGCAGAACAAGAUGCAGGUGAUAAGGCUCCGCACUCAAGAAGAUCUGAAGAUUGUGGGUACGCUAAUCCCGAAGAAUUGCGUAGAACCGUUAGUCGAUGCGUUGUCUUCAGACGCGGAAAAAACUGAAGAAAAGACGUUCGACUAGAGACUGAGGAGAGUUUUAUAGGGUUUUUAAUUUUUAAUUUAAUUUCGCAACAAUUACAGGGCAUGAAAGUAUUUUGUACGGCACGGUAUCUCUGGCAGUGUGGCACGAAUAUAUAGACUUUAUACCUUUUAGUUUUCGGAAACUGACUGUAAUAUAUUGUAGGAUUUUUAAAAAGCAACCGCGAGAAAAUUCCAAGUAUUUUGUAACAGAGAGCGAGAGAGAGAGGCGGACCGAGGUCGACGUUACUAUAGUUACAAAAUAAAAAAAGUAAACACUGUGAAAAUAGUUAUAUUUGCUAGUUGAUAAUGUAAUUUAUAUAAGUAGUUUUAUGUUUAGUAUUUUUAUUUGUUGACUUUUUGUUAUUUAAAUUUUCGCCCCCGACGCUCCCCCUCCUGUGAAACGAGACGUGGUCUUUUUCAUUUUUCCGAAUUAGUGAGAAGUCCAGUGUAUAAUUUAUGAAUGUGUUCACUAUAAUAAUAACGAAAGACGAGAAGAAACCGCUUAAA